AUGAGCAGCAAGAGCCGGAAGCUUAGCCACAACAAUAAUAACUCGUCGUCUUCUUCUUCGAAUACGGCAUCAGUGAUAGCUGGAGGCGGAGGAGGUGUGUCCACUGGGGUGGGCUUGACAGCUCCAACAACCGCGGGCGGAGUCCCGACACCGCAACGUGGCGGCUCAUUAUCAUUGAGUGUUGGACAAACGGUUAGCCGCCCGUUCUCAAGAAGUAGCUUCAUGUUGAGAUACAAAGGAGACAAGUCUGGAAAGAAUCAUAAUGUGAUUGAUGCCAUCCGGUUUCGGCUAGUAAUACAAUAG